AUGUCGGUGACUCGGGUGAAUCUAGAGGCUUAUUGUGGAGUUAGUGAUGAAGUUGCGAAGCAGGUAAAGAAGUAUCUGCUUGGAGAUUCUGCUGAUGAAUCAAGAUUUGAGCGCAAAAACUCGGACAGUUCCGACGGUAACGAAACGCAGUUCUGCAAAACUACAGAAAGGAAAGAAAAUGUAGAAGAAUGGGAUGAUUGGGGUGACAAGCAAGACGCUGAAAACACCACAGAAUCAGAUGAAUCGAUGAGAAAUUGGUUGUUCCGAUGUGAUUUGAAAACUUACUCCGAUGCGGAGUAUCUUCUAGUAACUUGGGAAUCGCGAUUUGUUUUACUUCGGAAGCCUCCAGAUGAGAAUCAAUACAAAAUCGUAUGCAAACAAUAUAUCGAAGGAGACCCAGUUGGUAAUGAAAUUACAGCUUCUUGCAUCUUCGGAUUAACAAAUGUGAGGCACAUUGAGCUGUUGGAUUCAAUAAUCAUCGCACUUGGAACGCUGGAUGGGCAUGUAUAUUUCUUCACUGAGCAAGGGACGAUGUUGUAUUAUGAUCGAUUUUCUAUAUUCGAACCUGUGAAUAGUUUGCAAUUUGAUGUUGUAAAGACCGGCCAAACGUUUCUCGUCGUCUUCACCAAAGGAUUCUUCAUGGUCAACCCAAUAUCACUGAAAUCUGUUCUCUACCAAUGUAAAGUUCUAAUUGCGAAGGGAGAGAAAACAGUGAAACAGAUAUCUGAGUCCAUUGAGCUUCAAUCGGAACUUUUGGCUCCUGACAUCAAAGGAAACAUUAUCCACGUUGUAUUCACUGGUCUUCAAAAACCAUCCACUUUUGAGCAAUACGUUUCGGCUUCCUAUGAUUCUUUUUAUGCAAAAGUAGAGAAACCAUCACUUCCUCUAUAUUCAACGUUCAUGGUAACAACUGAAAAAGAAUUCGCUGUUUUUGUUUGGCAUGAUCGAGAAGAGCAAGAAAAACUAUUAGAUGAUGUAAUUAAAUACGGAAAGUCACUGGUUCCUUCAUUCGGAAUUCGAAAGUUUUUUGGAAUUUCCACAGAGCCCACUCGAGUCGCCUCCCAUAUGAGAUCCGCCGUUCAUGCUCCAACAAGAAGCUUGAUUCUGGAGACUAGAAUAGCUCAGACUGUUUCUAGAUCACCAGACUGUAACUAUGUCGCAGUCACAGACCGACUGGCAAGAGUAAUUAUAAUAGAUGUUAUCAAUCGCCAAGUUGUCCUAAUAUUCAAAGGGUAUCGAGAUGCUUCCGUGUCAUGGGUUUCUUCGACGCAAGACGACAGAUUCGCUCAAUUUCUCACUAUCUUCGCACCACGACGAUCACUUCUAGAAGUCUGGACAGUUUUGGGAAACGUCAGAGUUUGUGCUCAACACGUGCCAUCUUCUGAAUGCAAUGUGGUUUCUGGUGGAGAGAAUAAAAUGCUCUGCGGCCGAUGUCACAUGCACACUGACUAUAAUUCGUUCUUCAUUGAUGAGAAAGGCGAGUUUCAUCGAAUUGUGAUGCCAUUCCACCUCGCGUUGACAAGUAGAGCGAGACAAGACCAACACGAUCAUCUUCGUCUGAAAGAGUUGGAGCAUCAGAAAGUGGGAUCUGGUGACUGGUUCAAGACAUUUUCUGAUCUGCGAAUGACUACAUCUCGAAAAAUCACGUUCCAAAAUGCACUUCAUGGACUGUCAACUGCCGAAGAAGCACACAAUUUUAUCGCAAGAAUCAAGAGUCUUCCGAAUGCUGGCUCGCUAGCAGAUUUACCAAAUGUCGCUGAAAAAUCGAUCGGAUUUUAUGCUAGAAUAGUGGCUGAAUCGAAGCCCGCUAUCGGAGAAUACGAGAAGAAGUCGGCAUAUGAAUUAGAUUCAAUUGUGGAGAGAAUUCUGGAAUGUCACAUGGAACGGUUUGGAGAGCGUUCGGAUGCAGUGAAUGAUUCGUUGAAAGUGGGAGAAUGGCUAAAACAUGUAGAUUUGUCACAUGAGGAUAUCGAUGUGUUUUCAGAGUUGGUUUACUUGAAAUACGAAAUUUUAAGUUACGUUUUUUUCAGGCAUUGGUCCGAAAAUCGUCGUCUUCUUUUGGCUAAUCUUAUCUUCGCCCCUCUUCUCGGAUCAUUCCAAAUUGAUGAGUACUACGAUACUGUACUUGAGAAACUUCCUGUAAAUCGACAGAACAUUGUGAAGCUUUUCUAUUUAAAACUGAACAAGUCAACCAAUAAAAUCGAUUGGAGAAUAUUUAACAGGAUCGUUGAGCUAUUUGUGAACCUCGAAAAGUCGGAGACCGGUGUUUUCGAAAGCGUUGACCGGAUGGCUAUGGACUCAAAGAACGUGACUCUCGGAAUACUUCUCUUGGCUGUUUGUUGGUGUGCUAGAAAACAAAUGCGACAAUUGAAACAUCAAGACAAAUGCUCGGAAGAUAACUUAGAGGAAUCAGAACAUGAAGAAGAAGAACACGAGGGAAAUGAGGAGAAGAACAAAACAUUCGAAGAAUGGGACGCAGUUUCUCCAGAAGUUGAGCAUCUGGAUAGUAUCAUGAUGUGUCUCCAUUGUGUAGCUCUUGCCCAAUCAUUGAUAGAUGAAGAUCCAUGCGAUGUAAGGAUAUCUGACGUGGCACAAAGGAUAGAUUCGUAUAUCCGAGAAAAUGUAGGUCUUUAUAAUACUAAACAAAUGCAUCCUGUUUCCCAAUAUUUCCAGGUAGCCAAAUGGGUAGUCAAUGAGUCUAUCGAGACGGAAGUUCUUGAGAAACUGUUUCCUCGUGACCCAACAGAGGUGCUUGCUGAAGAAGGGGACGAAGAAGAUCGAAGAAACAAAAUGAUCGUGGACUUUCCAGAAGACAAAGAAACUAUCGUUGAAAGGAUGUAUCAGAUGAUUCCUAGAGUCUUCGAACAUGAUUUGGUGGUUGCUGAUGUUUGCUGGGAGAUGAUAACGCUAUGGUUUCGGGAAAAGGAUCAGAACUUCUCAAAUAUAAGUGUAAGAAUUAUUUUCUUUCUAUCCCAUCAAACCUAUUUCUAUUUCCAGGAGUGCACUUCUCUACUACCAAAGUCUGUUGUUGAUCCACGUCUUCGUCACGGAAUUGCUCGUCUCAUCUGGGACAAAUUUGUCGGCGCUGCUUUCCAAUCUAUUGUUCAGAUGGUUGAGAAAACUGGACGCAGGCCGAAAGAUCGAGAGUGUCGAAAAGAAAUUGGUAUGAGAGAAGUGAGAUUGGAGGAGUUUUUGGUGGAAUGUGAGAAGUUUUUGGACAUUUUCAUGAUUUCGGUGAGAGAUAUACCGGCGCCGAUGGAUUUUAAACAAGAUCUGUUGAUUGAGAUGGCCUAUUCCUCAUUUUCGUCUCAUUUGCAACAAUCGAAAAUUUCUCCAAGGCAAGAUCAGCUCUGGAUGCUUGCAGUUCGUCAGCCACUUGUCAAUUUUCACCUGGUACUCCAUCAUCAACAUCUUGCACUAGCUCUCCGUCUUCAACUAACCACAGGUCUAAAAUUCCACCCAUUACGAAAUCUGUUUUGUGUCACCGGGAAUCGUGCGUUUUUCGCCCCGCUUGACUCGCAUCCUUUGAUUCCAUUGGAUCGAGUUGACGAUGCAACUAUGGAGAAGAGGCACGCGUUUUUGAUCAAAAUUGCGGAGCAAGGAGGAAUGGAAGAGAGGAGGCUGGCAAGAAAUCUUGAGAUGGAAUGGAAGUUGACUGUGAACGAGAUUUCAUUUAUGCAAGCAUUGGCAUCAUUCCGACACGGAAACGAUCAACAAGGGAAACUAGAACUGGCUUCUUGUGUUCGUGACGAUCGGUCAGCUGUGGCAUUAGCACGAGUAUUGGCGGGAAGACUCAUCCAACUGGCCACUGAAGCCAACAAACGAUUCAGUACUGCACACUCUCAGUAUCUGUGUGCUCUUGCCGGUGAAGAAGCAGCCCGAGUAGAAUUAUACGAAGGAGCCGAGGGAGAUCCACUGAUCGAAUCCAAUCCAAAGACGUGGCAAGAAGCAGUGUCGUCACUUGGUAAAGCAGGAAAUUCGGUGCCACAAUCAGCGCAGGCCGCCAUACCAUUCGUUCGAAUGAACGAUAUUGCCAAAUUGUAUUUUGGUGCUCAAUGGGUCAAUAAUUAG